AUGGAGUUCGAAGACAAGAAAUAUUUAAGGACAAAAGGUCUUCAUCCCGGUAGGGAGCCAGGAACUUGCUGUUUCAAGCAUUUCGCCAGCCGCGGCACUUUGGCAUCUUCUGUUUGGGUCCCGAGGCAAUGGCUUGCAAUGCUGCUGGAUCAGUUCGGAAGCGGCGCUGUAUUUGCGAAGCUCAUGGCAAGCCCUGACACUGUCAUAGUGAACAUAACAGCGGUGGUCAGUGUGCUGUUCUACAUCCGCUGUGUACCAGAGCUCCAUAUGAAUUUGACGUGGACGGCUAUCUCCUUCGCUUUGGCAUUCCCUUUGCAAACUGCUGUAAGGGAAGCCUACAAGCGACGAGAGGCGGCCUUGAUGGCAAUAGCUGACUUUCGGGCAACAAUGAUGAAUGUCUUCUUGGCCAACCAGGUUUGGGAUUGGCCCGGGGCAGACGGCUGGUAUGGACGGGCAGAAGACAAUGUGCCCAAGGAAGACGGUGGACAUGGCAAGAAGAAGGGGUCAUUCAAAGACACACCCUUGAGCCACCAACAUGGUGACCGGGUCUUCAAUCUCCUGAUCAGAUUGGUAGAUGCUCUGCAGGAGCUCUUGCUGGUGCCACGGAGGGGCAGGAGCCGCCAGGAGUUCUGCGUUUGCAUCUCCCCGGAGAAGGAGCUGGUGGAGGAAGCCGAGCUCAAGGGCCGCAUCGUGGCGUUGAAGCUCCUUUCGCGGCUGCAUCGUGCCGUGGAGGAUCUCAAAGCUGCGGGGAUGCCAGCAAACGAGGCCAGCCGAAUCAACCAGUACAAUAUGUUCCUGUGUCGAGACUUCGAAAAGUUAUGGAGCUACAAGACGUAUCGCACACCCACGACUUUGCGGUCCGUGUGCAGGGUGAGCAUCCAGCUUAUGCCGUUCUUUUUUGGGCCGUAUUAUGUUCACCUGGUGGUGGAUCCGAAAACCGAUGAAGUGUCUCGCCAGCGCUUGAUCUUCGCCUGCGUGUUUUCCUGCCUGAUUUCGACCAUCCUAGUAGCACUUUUGAAUGUGGCGACAGCCAUGGAGAAUCCUUUCAGGCCUGAAACAAUGGACACCAUUCGCGUACAAGAGGAGCUGCAUCUGUGUCGCGAGGCUUUGCACGUCGUAGCCCACGACAUUCAGGAACAAUGGCACGAACGGCUGGAAUUUGAGUGGGAGAUUCUGCCGGAGGAGGAGGGCACGACCAGUGACGGAUCUGCGUAG